CACGGCCAUCUUCGAGGCGGAAACAGUUUGCAGUCAUCAGGUACAAUAUUGUUUUGGUCCUCCUCCUAGCUUAGACAGCUAGGUGCUCUGUUUCAUCUGCCACAUUUCUACUGACUGCUCAAGGAAAUGAAGAAGCUUUUCGAUGAUUUUAAGAGAGACAUUAAAUUUAAAUCCGCAGGACCUGGAAAAAAGCUAACAGAAGAUACCAGUACCAAGCCGGAGGUGUCGCAGAGCAGCUCCAGUGCCAAGCAGCAGAACCGCUAUGCUCCCAGUGAAGGAGCUCAGAGGGCUGGAGCCGCAGCUCUGGCCAGGAUUGAACAGCAGUCACGGCCGAAGGUCCACACCUCUCACGACGCCAUCAGGAACCAGGUCAAAAGAGAACUGGAGGCAGAGGCAGCUUCAUUGGCUGAGAAAGAUAAGGCAGCAGUAGCAGAGGAAUCCAAAGUGCCAGUGAAAGAUCCCGCCUGUCUUUCAGUGUCAGGUGUGUAUUUCACCUGUCCACUAACGGGGGCCACUUUAACUAAGAGUGAGAGGGAAAUACACAUUAAAGAGGCCAUUUUAAUGCGGUUUGAGGAGGAUGCAGUUGAGGCCUCUGUUAUGAUGAUCCAUACGUUUAACAAAGACAGAGAGAAAGUGAAAGCUGCUGUGGACAUCAUAAGCAAGUAUGUCGAUAAUAUAUGUAAGUGUCCCUCAGAGGAGAAAUACAGGAAGAUUAAACUCAGCAACAAGGUGUUCCAGGAGAAAGUACGUUCUGUGGAGGGCAGUAGAGAGUUCCUGCAGGCCUUGGGCUUCACAAGCAUUAUGCUUCCUGUAGAGGGUCAAGAGGAGGAAGAGGAGUUCCUCGUGCUACCAGAGCAGAGUUCCGACGCCCUGGAGUUGAUGAAGGAGAGGAGGGAUCGUCUUCAGAGAGGAGAGCCGGUCAGAGCUCAGCUGGACAGACAGCCCCAAGCUUUCAGACCCUCUCCCAACGCCCAACGCUUCGAGCUGCCGCCAGAGUUCUACAACCUGACGGCAGAGGAGCUCAAGAGGGAGCAACAGCAGAGGAGUGAUUUGGUGGAGAAGAACGCCAUGCUGCGCACAAAAGCCAUGAGGGAGAAGGAGGAGCAGAGGGAGAGAAGGAAAUACAACUACACCCUGCUCAGGAUCAGACUGCCUGAUGGAAACCUGCUACAAGGCACCUUUUAUGCGUGGGACCGGCUGCCUGUGUUGUUUGGGUUUGUACGGGAGUCCCUGGUGGACGGCUGGCAGCCAUUUGAGCUCAUUGCUCCUGGAGGUCAGAAACUAGAGGAGGCUGAGGAAGUCGCUCUCGCAGAGCGUAACUUGGUCCCUGCAGCUCUGCUCACUUUUGCCUGGGAUGCAGCUGUGCAGGCAGAUAUUGCAGCUGCAGGUGGGAAGAACCCCACCCUUCUCAAACCAGAGCUGCUGGAAACCAUUCGAACCCUGAACUGAGCAGACGUGCCCCUGAACUCUCCCUGCUACCUUCCUCCCUGGCACAACAGCGGUGAAAUUGCUCCUUACAAACAACUAGUGAUGUGUAUUUUUACAAAUGCUAACUUAAGUCAUUAGCAGUGAUAGACUAGGGGCAACUUCACCCUGACGCGCUUGUUUUGCUGAGCAUCCCCUUAUCUCUCCGCUGUGGGGAUAAUGUCCCCCUACAGUCUAUCUCAGCAGCACAUUCUGUUGAAAGACGCACUGCUAACAGAUUUAAGGAGAAAGCAAGGGACAAGUGUUGUUUUGUGAUGCAUCCUGAAUGUACAUGCUGUGUAGUGAACAGACUCAGUGGCAACAGUCCUCCGUGCUCUACCCCACAGUCAACCAGUCAGGUAUACUUCAUGUGGCAUGUUGAGAGACCUUGUUUUAACUGUGUCACCUUUUCCUCCUGAUUUUGUUUCAAGGUAAACAGUCUAUCUUGCUUACAUAACAGUUACAUUAUAUAGAGUGUACAUCUUUGACUGCACAGUCACUUAGAAGAAAAUCAACAAUAGUGAAGGCAAGUAAAGCUGGUCAGGUACUAUUGUUGAAUCAUACUUAGUAUCUCAGCACCUACAGUAGGUCCUGCUGGGUGUCAGCGCACUGGCUUUACUGGAGAUUUGAAAUACUCUACGUUUUGUUUGGCAAAGUUCAAGGUUAACUCAGUGUUUUGUCUGUCAACUGAUGAAUGGCUGAUCUGAUUUGGUCUGAUAUGAGUCUGGCUCCAAUACUGUAAACAUAAGCUUCUGUCACUCGUUUGUCCUCUUCUCUGCAGUGGCCUUGCACUCCUGACUGUUGUACAUCUGGCUUUGGUGGAUGCUUCAAUAAUUAAAACGUCAAAUGUAGUGAAUAUGUAUGAGCACAAGCCCAGAAUCACAAAUCAUGAAUCAAACCUGUUUUUUCUGGAUAGUUUGACUUCAAACCAAGGUCCAAAGCUGGAGCAAAUAUUUACAGAUAAGGGCCUCAAUCUACAAAGUUUUGUUAGAGUGUUAGCCAUGUGCUGUCAACCAAAAUAUUUUCUUCUAUUUUACCAGUAUGAAGCACUUUUAAGGAUUAUUUUAAACACUAGGAGGAGAGUUCACUAAAUAUGGCAUUACAACUACUCACUACUCAAGCGAUAAAUGGUUUAACUGUAGAGGCUCACUGCAGAAACUUCAUGUAACCAACUUGCUCUAGCAUGCAGGCAGUCAUUAGUUACAAGUCUGUUAAAACUGGCAGCAUGGAAUCCUGUUGUCCUGGUAGUGGUGGUUUUAAUUAAUCUUGAGUCUUGCAUUUGUUUGUAUCAAACACAUUUCCUUUGGAUAAAAAAGGGUAUAUAUUUCACAGUGGGAGUAGUGACACCUACCAUUUCACAGCAUCCAGUAAAUGUCUUAGAUCCACCUUUUUCCCUGGAAUGAAGGUUAAUACAUUUGUUUUGGUGGCAGUUUUGCUGUAUGAGAAUAUACGUAUACACCAGGCAAAUCUGUAAGAGCUAAUUAUAGAUUAUAUUUUCUCCUUCUUGUGGUUGGUUAAGAUGACAACAACCUACCUCUCACCACUCAUCUAAUACAUCCCAAGUGAGUUGUACACAAACAUGCAACAGUAACAGAUCUUUGAAGUUGUGUUUUUGUUUGGUCACCACCUUAAACCAGUAUCAGUAUCAUUUAUUCACCAAAAACAAAUAUCUUGUAACUGUUGCCUGUUUAGAAACAAGCGGAUGUCAAGUAUCUGUUUCAUGCAGAAUCUGAUACAGUCCCACCAUGAGCGAGGCCAAGUCAGCCAUAAGAAACAUUUCUGCACUCCACGGGUGUUCAGUGGAAGGGUGUAAUUGUAAUUUAUCAGCAUUGUAACCUUAUUAAAAUAAUCAGUGAGCAGUUGUAAUCUGUCCAGAUGUUCUGAGUUGUGUUCUGUUGCUUUUUAACCUGCCUGUUCUAAAGAUCACUUGAACUCUUCAUCUUCAGUUUUGUUUAAUAAACAUAAUUAUGAGGCAA